AUGGGAAAACUCAUCGAACUGCUCUUGCACCCUAGCGAACUGUCUGCUGCUAUCCACUACAAGCUGUGGCGUCAGCCUCUGCAUCCCCGCGAUCUUUCCAAGGAGUCCACUGAGCUGCGACGAUGCUAUGAGCUUCUAGACGUGUGCUCACGAUCAUUUGCAGCCGUUAUUCGAGAACUGCAUCCUGAGGUGCGAGACGCUGUAAUGCUGUUCUAUCUGAUUCUUCGUGCUCUCGACACGAUUGAAGACGAUAUGACUCUGUCGCGUGACAUCAAGAUCCCAAUUCUUCGAGACUUCACGAAGUGCAUGAAGACACCUGGCUGGAAGUUCACCGACUCUGAUCCCAACGAGCGAGAUCGUGUGGUGCUACAGGAGUUUCCUGUGGUUAUGACUGAGUUCAACAAGCUCAAGCCCAAGUACCAGGAAGUAAUCUACGACAUUACCGACAGAAUGGGAAACGGAAUGGCCGAUUACGUCAUUGAUGACGACUUCAACAACAACGGCGUGGACACCAUUGCCGCUUAUGAUCUGUACUGUCAUCAUGUUGCCGGCAUCGUGGGUGAGGGCCUUACCCGAAUUACGAUUCUCGCUGGUUUUGGAACCGACGUGUUGCACGAAAACCCCCGACUUCAGGAGUCUAUGGGCUUGUUCUUGCAAAAGGUCAACAUCAUCCGAGACUACAGAGAAGACAUUGACGUGAACAGAGCUUUCUGGCCUCGAGAAAUCUGGCACAAGUACGCCGAAGAAAUGCGAGAUUUCAAGGACCCGAAGUAUUCCAAGAAGGCCUUGCAUUGCACCUCCGAUCUGGUUGCAAAUGCCCUCGGACAUGCCACAGACUGCCUCGAUUACCUCGACAACGUCACCGAUCCUUCAACCUUCACUUUCUGCGCCAUUCCCCAGGUCAUGGCCAUUGCUACCCUGGACUUGGUCUACCGAAACCCCGACGUUUUCCAGAAGAACGUCAAGUUGCGCAAGGGAACUACUGUCAGCCUGAUUCUUGAGGCCAGCAACGUUUCUGGAGUAUGUGACAUUUUCACUCGAUACGCCCGGAAGGUGUACAAGAAGUCCGACCCCAAUGACCCCAACUACUUCCGAGUGUCUGUGCUCUGCGGUAAGAUCGAGCAGCAUGCGGCUCUGAUCAAGAGACAGCGAGGACCCCCCGCUAAAACCAUUGCACAACUGGAAGGUGAACGAAAAGAGAUGGCCCUGUCGCUAAUUGUCUGUUUAGCAGUUAUCUUCUCGAUGUCUGGACUGAUGGCUUAUAUCGCCUACGUGUCUGGAUUCAGAUGGUCACCCCGAGAGAUUUUCGACUCUAAGAUGUUUCCUCUGAGAGAUUAG